AGGAGAAGCUGAGACCUGAGCAGUUGUGGUAAGAGGUCCCACUAGACCCCGAGACCCCUCUACAAGCGAUACUUAGUCCUUCUCCACUGUUUGCCUCCAGGGAACCUGAGAGAAGCUGGACUGGGUGGGCCAGUGCUUUAAUCACCCGGGCGAAGACGGGGCGUGGAGAGGAGCUUGCAGACGCGGCAGCAGCGCCUGGCGCACUGGAAGUGCAGGGGACGCGCCCGCAGGCUUGGUGGCCGCGCCUGUGACCUCUCCUUUAGGCUGAGAACACAGGCGGAGGAGUUACUGAGGAGCCCACGGAACUGGCUAGCCAAAGGAGACAAGCCUAUAGUCUCCAUGAUCCUCCCGUCCUCUGUUCUUUCCCUGGUCCGCUCCAUGUUCAAGAGCUGCGCUCCGCAGCCAGGACGAGGAGAGCUAUGGAGGAGCAGGGUAUUCAGUGCGCCCCGCCGCCUCCCGCUGCCUCCCAGACAGGGGUACCUCUCGCCAACCUCUCCCACAACUGCAGCGUCGACGGCUACAUUUACCAGGACUCCAUCGCCCUGCCCUGGAAAGUCCUGCUGGUUGCUUUGUUGGCGCUCAUCACCUUGGCCACCACGCUCUCCAAUGCCUUUGUAAUCGCUACGGUGUAUCGGACCCGGAAGCUGCACACCCCAGCUAACUACCUGAUCGCCUCUCUGGCAGUCACUGACCUGCUCGUGUCCAUCCUGGUGAUGCCCAUCAGCACCAUGUACACGGUCACUGGACGCUGGACACUAGGCCAGGUGGUCUGCGACUUCUGGCUGUCGUCGGAUAUCACCUGUUGCACUGCUUCCAUCAUGCAUCUCUGUGUCAUCGCCUUGGACCGCUACUGGGCCAUCACUGAUGCGGUGGAGUAUUCUGCUAAAAGGACUCCCAAAAGGGCGGCCAUCAUGAUCGUGCUGGUGUGGGUCUUCUCCAUCUCUAUUUCGUUGCCACCCUUCUUCUGGCGUCAAGCCAAAGCGGAGGAGGAGAUGCUGGACUGCUUUGUGAACACCGACCAUGUCCUCUACACGGUCUACUCCACGGUGGGCGCUUUCUAUUUACCCACCCUGCUCCUCAUCGCCCUCUAUGGCCGCAUCUAUGUGGAAGCCCGCUCUCGGAUUUUGAAACAGACACCCAACAAGACCGGCAAGCGCUUGACCCGAGCCCAGUUGAUAACAGACUCCCCGGGAUCCACGUCCUCGGUCACCUCCAUUAACUCCCGGGCUCCGGACGUGCCCAGUGAGUCCGGGUCUCCUGUGUACGUGAACCAAGUCAAAGUGAGAGUCUCAGACGCCCUGCUGGAAAAGAAGAAACUCAUGGCCGCUAGGGAGCGCAAAGCCACCAAGACCCUAGGGAUCAUUUUAGGAGCAUUUAUUGUGUGCUGGCUGCCCUUCUUCAUCAUCUCCCUGGUGAUGCCUAUCUGCAAGGAUGCCUGCUGGUUUCACAUGGCCAUUUUUGACUUCUUCAAUUGGCUAGGCUAUCUUAACUCCCUCAUCAACCCCAUCAUCUACACCAUGUCCAAUGAGGACUUCAAACAAGCGUUCCACAAACUGAUACGCUUUAAGUGCACAGGUUGACUUGUCAAUGGCAGUGGGGUCGCCUAAGCGACCUUUGGGGACCAAGUUGGGUCUUUUCACAGAUAUCAACAGAUGCUGAAUCAUCAGAAAAGAUUAACGG